AAGUAACGCCAAAUCAUAUAAAACCAUUUCCCUUUUCCAAAUUUCUUCAGAAUCAGAAUUCAAUUCAUUCGUCAUUUCUUCAAUCAAUCAGGGUUCCGCGUUCAACUGGUUUUGAAUGAAGUCCACAAUGGCAGGAAGAGUAAGGUCUUGUUUGAAUCCACAUGCAGCCUCAUUUGUUCCGCUCUUUAAAAGGGAUGAUGAUGAGGCACCUCCUCAACCUCAUCAGCAUCAGCACAUUCUUGAAUCUUCUUUGCAAUUGAAGAAGACCAACCCUUCACCACCACCGCAGCUGGAUGUGACAGAGUUGAUAGAGGAAGAUGCUGACUUGGACAUUGAAUUACUGAAGAUAAUGUUUCCUGAUUUUGCUGAACAAUCCCUUAGAGAUGUUUACUUUGUUAACUAUGCUGAUCUCAAUGCUGCUAUUGACAUGCUUGACCAUCUUAAGUUUGAUUGUGAUGAGUCUUCUAAGACACUGGAUAUUGGCAGUGUUUCAGAAUCUGCACCAUCAGCUGGUUCCGGUUCUCCGAAACUGAACAAUACAGCAGCUAAAGCUAGUGCUUCGUGAAAUCCCCCAUAGGCUUCAGCCAGCAAGUGAAUAAAUUUGUAACUCACAUUAGUGCAAAAGUGUACAAAUAGGGAAGUUACUAUUGGACAGCACACAUGCAUGGUUCGUUUUUUGUGGUUUGUAUAGUUCUAAGGUAGCUGCGCCUUAUUUUGCUUAUGGUCUGAAGACUGAAGUGUUUCAUUUUGAUGGGUUCUUACUUGUGCUUUGGGCCAUUAUUUGUGCAGCUUUCACUUGUAUGAAAUGAAAAACCAAAUAAGAUAGUAGAAAGCAAAACCGAAAACUUAGUGAA